GCUGGCAUCUGCGCAUGUCCCGGUGCUCAGCUGCGGGCAGCGGGAGGCGUCUGCUAACUUUUUGUCCUAAACAGUUGGUCUGUGCGGAUCUCCGCCUUCCUCCUCCACUUUCUCCUCCUCUGCCUCCGCCUCCUCUGCCUCCGCCUCCUAGUCCGAUCCUGUGGGGAGGUGGCUGGUCGGUGGCUGGUGUCCGGAGUCAAGGGCCCCUGGGGCGGGAUGGUGCCGCAGAGCCAGGUUAGCUGAUGUAAGAGAUCAAGUGAUAUUUGCUGUUCGUCAGGAAUAUGUCCAGCUUGGAGAUCAGCUCCUGUUCCUACAGCCAGGUGACGAGAUUGCAGUCAUUCCCCCCAUUAGCGGAGGAUAGUAUCUCUGGGCAGUUGGGGGAAUCUAUGAAUGCAAUUGAAGACAAACCUAAAGAUAUAAUCAAAUUUACUGCUGAGAAGCUCUCAGUAGAUGAAGUCUCACAGUUGGUGAUUUCUCCUGUCUGUGGAGCUGUGUCUCUGUUUGUGGGGACUACAAGAAAUAACUUUGAAGGGAAAAAAGUUGUUAGCUUAGAAUAUGAAGCAUAUGUGCCAAUGGCGGAAGCUGAAGUCAGAAAAAUAUGUGCUGCUGUUAGACAGCAGUGGCCAGUCAAGCACAUAGCUGUGUGUCAUCGGCUUGGCUUAGUUCCAGUAACAGAAGCAAGUGUGGUCAUUGCUGUGUCUUCAGCACAUAGGGCUGCAUCCCUUGAAGCUGUGAAAUAUGUUAUUGAUACAUUAAAAGCCAAAGUUCCAAUUUGGAAAAAGGAGCUUUAUGAAGAAGAAACAUCAUCUUGGAAAAGAAACAAAGAAUGCUUUUGGACAAAAAUGAUUAAUUUUUACUAAAUGAAAAUUUAUAACUCUAAAUUUGCUCCACUUACUGUAAUUGCAUGUUGUUUUCUUUAUUUCUGAGCCUUUUUGAUCUUUCUGAGGCAGUAUGGUAUAGUGAACAGAGUUGGACUUUGUGUCUAACUCUUACUAGGCAUUUUGACUGUUAUAAAGUCAUAAUAACCGCUCAGAACCUCACUUUUCUUAUCUUUGAUGAUACUACCUAGCUUACAGAGUCAUGAUAUUUGGCCAAAGGCAGGUUCUCUUAAUUGCAUCCCAGUGAGGCAGCAAGGAAAAUGUAUAGGGGGCCAUUUAGGAAUGAGGCAUUGGGAGGAACAAUGACAUGAUUUAUAUUUAGGGAGUGAUAAGAGAAGUGAGCCUGUUCUGUUACCAAGUUAAUUUUGUGGUCAGCUUACAGGUAUGUAUUUCUCCUUCUUGUACCUCCUAGAAGAUCAGUAAUAACAUAGGUAUUGGUAAAGUUGGAAUGGGAGACCCUAGUAUAGUUAUUUUCUUCUCUUGAAUUGGAAUGUGAAAUCAAGGAGCAAAGAAAUUUAAAGUUGAAAUAAAUAUUUCAGUCAGUCCUGAGAGUUCAAUGGCCUUUGUGCUUUUAAUACUUAACUUCCAACCAGGUAUAAUGACAUGACUCUAGAAAACAUAUAUGUAAUAAAAAUACAUAUCCUUCAA